ACCAUCCCUCGCAUGUCACCACCGAGCCAGCGGAUCGAUUGUGAUAGGUCCUUUCCUCCUCCUGAAUACAGAUGGCUCAUUAUCCACCCACCUCAACUUUGAUUUGAUGAACAUGGUCGGUCACGAUAACGUCUCAGCCUAUAUAAGCACCACAAAGUUCCCCAAACAGCCAACAAAACAUAAAGUCUCCCGCUGACGCAGAGCAGAAAGAAGAACAGCGCCGUCUCUCACUUUGCGUAAAGGAAAGGAAAGAGGUGCCAGGACGGUUCCAGACAUGGAGAGGUCCGUCAGAUUUGCCGUGGUGUGCGUUGGAGUGUCCCUGCUCAUCUCCUGCCAUCCAGUCGAAGCCUGGUACAAACAGUCGACCGGGCCCAGCUACUACUCGGUGGGUCGCGCCUCUGGUUUGCUGUCCGGUAUCAGGAGGUCGCCGUACGUCCGCAGGGCCGAGUCCGAGGAGACGCAGACGGAGAGCGGGGAGACGACGGGUCAAAAUGUGAUCCCCGAGACCAACAGGCAGAUAUCCAUCCUCAAAAACAUGGCAAUCUGCGUAAAGGACGUCUCUCCGAACCUGAAGAGCUGCGAGCUGCUGCGGGACGGGACCGGCACCUUCCAGUGCAAGGCGGACGUCUUCCUCACCCUGGACUCCCUGGACUGUCUGUCCGCGUGAGUCCCCGCGGGUAGAUCUGGCGGAGGCAGGGAGACAUGUCAUCCUUGUCCCCAACCUUCCCGGGGGCGCCUCUCUGGAAACCGAAGAAAAUGCAGGAAGAGGGGGGGAAAAGUAGGCAUGAGGGAUGGAUGAGUGUGUUGGGGUUGAUGGCGCAGAGGAAAAGCUGAUCUUUAUCAAUGAUGGACCGCUGCAGACUCUGAAUGUUCUCAUUUAAAAACAUUCUUCUUUUCUUUUGCUUUCGUUACAUGAGUAUAGAAAACGAUGUUAAUUGAAACCACUUUGUUUCCACCCGACUUCCUAUCUUUACUGCCCAACCCCUGACAUGUACUUACCCUUGCCAAAAUGUAUUAAAUGUCCAGACAGUUGGCUGCAGAGCAUAUUUCUUGGAAAGUACUUUUAUUUAUUUUAUCUAUUAAAAUGGACGCUGGUAACUUG